AGCUGCAAGACUGCAUGGCUCCUCGUAGGGAAAACGAGGGCUUGAGACACGGAGGGACGGUGACUGUCCUAGGAGCGAUGGUGACAGGGGAGCGACGGAGACAUAAAGGGCAAGGAUGACAAACGGGCUGGCUGUGAGAAUGAGAUGUAUGUAUACUCAGUUUCUGGCAUGUUAUAAACACUCAAAAGGAGCAACUCCAUGGGCAUCAGAAUCAAGGAGAGCUUGUUUUUGAAUCCUAGUAAGGCUCCCAGGAGCAAGGUCAAGGCCAGAGCGACGAUGGUCUCAGUGACGAUGGCCACUUCCGAGUGGAUCCAGUUCUUUAAGGAAGCUGGCAUUCCCCCGGGACCUGCCGUGAAUUACGCUGUGAUGUUUGUGGAUAACAGGAUCCAGAAGAGCAUGCUGCUGGAUCUCAACAAGGAAAUCAUGAACGAGCUGGGCGUGACCGUGGUGGGGGACAUCAUCGCCAUCCUCAAGCAUGCCAAGGUGGUGCACCGCCAGGACAUGUGCAAAGCUGCCACUGAAUCAGUGCCCGGCAGCCCCAGCUCCCCCCUCCCGACUGAGCUACGUCGUGGCACCUCUAGUGCUGCCUCCCGAAUGAUCACCAACAGCCUGAACUGCGACUCCCCACCCGGCACUCCCCCAAGGCGGCCGGACACCAGUACCUCCAAGAUCUCAGUCACUGUGUCCAACAAGAUGGCGGCAAAGAGUUCCAAGGCCUCCGCAGCCUUGGCCUGCAGGGAGGAGGAGAGCCUGGAGGUCCCCACCAAGCGGCGCCGGGUCACUGCUGAGAUGGAGGGGAAAUACAUCAUCAACAUGCCCAAGGGCACCACCCCCCGGACCCGCAAGAUCCUUGAGCAGCAGCAGGCGGCCAAAGGUCUGCACAGGACAUCUGUGUUUGACCGCCUUGGUGCCGAGACCAAAGCCGACACGACCGUGGGGACCAAGCCCACGGGAGUUUUCAGCCGCCUGGGGGCCACCCCAGAGAUGGAUGAGGAUCUGGCAUGGGACAGCGACAAUGACAGCAGCAGCUCUGUCUUGCAAUAUGCUGGUGUCCUGAAGAAGCUAGGACGGGGCGCAGCCAAGGCCAGUCCCCAGCCGGCACUGACUGUCAAAGCUAAGGCCACAAGCUCGGCGCCACCAGCUGCCGCCCCAACUCUGAGGCGCCUGGCCCUUUCCUCCCGCCCUGGGCUCGAAAGGAAGUCGGAGUCCAAAGUCAGCAUCAUCCAGAGACUGGGCAAGGCCAACCUUGUGCCCGAGGCCCAGGACAGCCAGGUCACGAGCACCAAGAGUAAGUCUUCGGCUGAGGUCAAGGUCACCAUUAAGAGGACUCUGGUGGGGCCCCGGGUGAGCAGCUCCAGCGAGGGCCUCGGUGCCCAGAUGGACCAUGCAGGCACCGUGAGCGUGUUCAAAAGACUGGGCCACAGGACCUUCUAGCCCACAUGAGGGCAGGGUGUCAGCCUUCGGGCUCCUGGCUCCCUCUGAGUCUGCCUCGAGGGUCCGCUCGCCUCCUGCCAGCCCUGGAUGGCACUGCUUGUCUCCUUCAGGUGUCGGUGCUGGGCCCGAGCCCUCUGGGCGUCCCCCGGUUUUCCCAGGCUGGGUGGUCGCUGUGGCCUGGCCUUGCCUGCUCUGGGACUUUCCCUUCUCUCCCGCCCUCUGUUCUCUGCUCUUUGGCCGUGGCCUUGGCAGAACCCACUUUCUCCCUCUGCAGAGUGCCCAGUGCCUUCUCCUCUCCCCCAGCCCCUUCCUCCCUCUCAGCAGCAUCUGCUGCCCGUUCCUCAGCUUCCUGUUCUCUGCCCAUCGAGGGGGCCUUUCCUGGGGGCUCCUGGCUGCCCAUACCCUGGCUCCCCUCGCUCCUCUGUCCUCCCCUGCUGCUGUAACAUCACUCUCUCCUCUCUUCACCCUGUUCAUUUCUCUUCUUUUUCUGUCCCUGUGGCAAGGCCCGACUGUCCGCUGUGUCCUGCCCGACCCUUCUGCACCUCCGGCCUCCCAGCGGCCCCCUCGUCGGCGGUGGCGUCGAGCC